CAUCCGGGGGGAUAUACGCGGUGAGAGCGCGGGAGGGUAUUUUUACGCAACCGUCAAUUUGUGUUAAUCGAGCAGACAAGUGAAACCGCGAGAAACUUUUCGACGGCGGCGCAGUGAGGAGCGGAUCAGUUGUACGCCCACGAGUUGGUCCGUCCAAUUCGAGCGGCGAGAUAUGUUCUGGCGCUCGGCAGCCAGCGAGCUCGAGCCCUACUGGCGGCUCUUAUGUCCCUCGGCGGCUUUCAUGCAUCUGAGCAACGACGCGAUGCCGCCCGAGCUGCUGCUCGUGCUGCUCGUGCUGCUCGUGCUGCUGCUGGUGGCUGGCUUCGCCGCCGCGGUCCUCGCUCAAAAGUCGCGCGGCAAGCGCGCUCCGCCAGGACCAUUUCCGUGGCCGUUGGUGGGCAACGUGAAGCUGCUGCAGCGGCUGAGCCGCGAGCUCGGCGGCCAGCACGAGGCCCUGCUGGAGCUGUCCCGGCGCUACGGUAGCCCCGUGGUAUCGCUGCGCCUGGGCGGCCAGGAGUGCUUCGUGGUCAACGGGGCCGACUGCAUCGGCGCCGUGCUCGGCUCCGAGGACUACGACGGCCGGCCCUGGAACUUCUUCGUUCAGCUGCGCAACAUGGGCAAGAAGAAGGGCAUAACCAUGAACGACGGCGAGGACUGGCGGGAGAUACGCGGCUGGUUCCUGAGGAGCAUGCGCUCGGUGGGCUUCGCCAGGCGCGAGAUGUGCGACGCGCUCGCGGACGAGCUGCGGCUGGUGCUGCGCCGCGUCGGCCGUGUCGACGGACUGGUAUGCCAGAUCAAGCCCAUCGUCGUGCCGGCCAUCAUCAACGUGCUCUGGACCUUCGCCGCGGGCAGGCGCUUCGACGAGACCAAGCUGCAGUACUUCGUCGGGCUGAUGGAGCGCCGCGCUCGGGCCUUCGACAUGACCGGCGGACUGCUCUCGGCCUACCCCUGGAUCCGACACAUCGCGCCCAACUACUCCGGCUACAACCUGCUGCUGACCGUCAACCGGGAGUUCCGCUCGAUGCUCACGGAGACCAUAGACGAGCACAAGCGCAAUUACGUGGCCGGCAGCCAGGCUGACCUCAUCGACAUGUUCCUCGAGGAGAUGUACGCGGGCAAGGGCCCCGAGGCCGGCUUCGACGACGAUCAGCUGGUCAUCGUGCUGCUGGACGUGUUGCUGGCCGGCCUCAACAUCACGGCCACCACGCUGGAGUUCCUCUUCCUGAACAUGCUCGUGGACCAGCAGUCGCAGCGCCUGCUGCACGAGGAGAUCGAUCGCGUGAUCGGCCGGGAGAGGCUGCCCGCUGCCGGCGACCGGCCCAGGAUGCCGUACGCGGAGGCGGUCAUCCUGGAGAGCCAGCGACUGACGCCCGUGGUGCCGGUGAUCGGGCCGCGCCGAGUGCUGCGCGACAGCAGCCUGCUGGGCCUCCACCUGCCCCGCGACGCCCUUGUCCUCAUGAACCUGCACUCCAUCCACUCGGACCCCGAGCUCUAUCCCGAGCCCGCCAGCUUCAGGCCCCAGAGGUUCCUGCGCGACGGCCAGCUGCUGCGCGACGACAACCUACUGUUCUUCGGCAAAGCGCGAGCGCGCCACGGGGUGUGCGCAGGCGACCAGGACUGGGGCUACGUGGCGGUGAGGCCGCGGGCGCACGUGUUCUGGUGGCUGUACUCGAGCACGGGCGAGCGGCCGGUCGGGCAGGGGCCGCGGCCGCUGGUGAUCUGGCUGCAGGGCGGCCCCGGCGCCUCGUCCACCGGCUACGGCAACUUCGAGGAGCUCGGACCCUGCGACGUCCGGCUCCGCCACCGCGAUCACACCUGGGUGAAGGACUACAACGUGCUGUUCGUCGACAACCCGGUGGGCGCGGGCUUCAGCUACGCGGAGGCGGGCGACGCGUUCGCGCGCGACAACGCCCAGAUCGCGGAGGACCUGCUGCGGCUGAUGCGCGGCUUCUACGAGCGGCUGCCGCGGUUCCGCGAGGUGCCGGUCUACAUCACCUCCGAGUCGUACGGCGGCAAGAUGGCCGCGGAGUUCGCGCUCGUCUGGCAGCGCGCCCAGCGCUCCGGCGCCAUCCGCAGCAACCUGCGCGGCGUCGGCCUCGGCGACGCCUGGAUCUCGCCCGUCGACAGCGUGCUCGGCUGGGCGCCCUUCCUGCUGCAGACGGGCAUGGUGGACACGGACGGCUUCGAGCGGAUCCGGGCGAUGGCCAAUCGCACCAGGCGAGCCGUGGAGGCGGCCCAGUGGUCGCUGGCCACCAGCCUCUGGGCCCGGACGGAGGCCGUGGUGCUGCAGGCCACCGGCAACGUCGACUUCUACAACGUGCUGCGCAAGGUGCCCGGGGACCCGCGGCGCACGCGCGGCUCCCGUCCGGGGCCGGCUCGGCCCGGGCUCGACGACCGCUUGCUCGACGCCCUGAUGAACGGCCUGGUGCGGCGCACCCUCGGGCUCAACGCCACCUGGGGCAGCCAGAGCGACACCGUCUUCGGUCUGCUCCGCGGCGACUUCAUGAGGCCCGUCACCCACAUCGUGGAGAGGCUGCUGGACGAGACGGACCUGCGCGUGUUCGUCUACAGCGGCCAGCUGGACCUGAUCGUCGACACGCCGGGAACGUGGCUGUGGGUUGAGAACAUGAAGUGGUCCUACUCGAAGCAGUGGCGCGCGAGCCCCAGGACGCCGCUGCUGGCCGACGGCAUAAUCGAGGGAUACCGCAAGAGCUACAAGAACUUCGGCUUCUACUGGAUCAAUCGCGCCGGACACAUGGUGCCGGCCGACAACCCCGUGGCAACCGCUGUCGUGCUCCGAGAGCUGACGAAGAAUUAGGAGAUGCGCGCGGCGCGGCCGUGCCUGACUGCGUUGCCAAGGCGGCUCCUCGUCGACCAGGCUGGCUUUUAUGGCGGUGGGAAGCCGCGAAUUUUAAGCAGAGCCGACGACCGCUCCGUCCCGCACCUACACCUGUACAAGUCUAGCCGCGCUGA